GAUAAAAAUAUUUGACCACAAUGGAUCUUUGCAGUUUAAGAAGAUGUUUGAAAAGCUGUAUCAGGCUGAUUGGAAGCCCGAAGCACCUGAAAGAUUUGGUGACAUUACUGACCUGACAACUUCUUUGAGCAGCUUAAAGAUUGAAGAAACAAAGAAACAAGCACAAGGGUCGAAAUCAGCACAAAGCUCAAGCAAGGCUCCUCUGACUGCAAGUACAGCAUCGAAACCUACAGCAUACCGUCCACCUCAGGCAAAAGGUUUAGCAGAAGUUCAGCAGAAGCUUUUUGGUGGACUUGCUCCUACAGGGGGAGAGAUGAGCAAGAAUGCAUUGAGAAACAAGAAGCGCAGAGAGAAACAGAAGGAGAAAAAAGCUGCUGAAGCGUCCGGCGCUCCUGCUGAUGAAAGCUGAUCCCCUGGUUCUAUUCCAUCAAUGUGCGUCCACAGACUUAUACAGCAACAAAUAAUUUCUUUCAAUCCGAUGAAAUCAGCUGUUUGUCUCGUGUACGUAUUGGCGUUUACAGUCUAUGAAACUGAUCAUAGUUUGGCACAAACUGUGGCAAAUUUUGAUAGAAUUGUAUUGAGGAUUUGUACUAUAUACAACCAUAUCGGACAGACAGACGUGAGCCUAUCUCAUUUUCCUUAUUUUGUUUUAAAAGAGCAUAAUUUAUGAUUA